CUGCUAGGAAGAGGGAAGGGCCAGCGACGCCCCCAACCUAGCUGCAGAAGCGGCCGCCACCUCCGAAGCACAAGGUGUCACAUCUCAAAAGGAACCUGAGCCCCGGGAAGGCGGCGCGGAGCGACCAGGCAGGGCUGGCGCGAACUGCGCGCAGGGCGCUGGGCAGCGCGGGAGGACCGGGAGCGCAACCGCAGCAGCGGACCCCAGUGACCCAUCCGGGAUCCCGGCUUCCACGCUCUCUUCGUAUUUUUCAGAUCCACUUCCCUCCCCCGACUCUUUCCCCAAAACGGAGCCUUUAUAGAGAAGGUUGCCUGAGCCAGAGCAGCCCGGACUUUUCUGGGCACACAAGAUGCUCUCCAUUAGGAAGAGGUGGACGAUCUGCACUAUAAGUCUGCUCUUGAUCUUUUAUAAGACAAAAGAAAUAGCAAGAACUGAGGAGCACCAGGAGACGCAACUCAUCGGAGAUGGUGAAUUGUGUUCCAGCCGAUCACUUGUCAAUAGUUCUGAUAAAGUUACUCGAAAGGCGAGCUCAACAAUCUUCCAGCACUCUGUGGAAGGCUGGAAGAUCAAUUCCUCUUUGGUCUUGGAGAUACGGAAAAACAUCCUUCGUUUCUUAGAUGCAGAACGAGACGUCUCAGUGGUGAAGAGCAGCUUUAAACCAGGUGAUGUCAUACACUAUGUGCUGGACAGACGCCGGACACUAAAUAUUUCCCAUGAUCUGCACAGCCUCUUACCUGAAGUUUCACCAAUGAAAAAUCGUCGGUUUAAGACCUGUGCCGUUGUUGGAAAUUCUGGCAUUCUGCUAAGGAGUGGAUGUGGAAAGGAGAUUGACAGUCACAACUUUGUCAUAAGGUGUAAUCUAGCUCCUGUGGUGGAGUUUGCUGCAGAUGUGGGAACUAAAUCAGAUUUUAUAACCAUGAAUCCAUCAGUUGUGCAAAGAGCAUUUGGAGGCUUUCGGAAUGAGAGUGACAAAGCAAAAUUUGUGCAUAGACUUUCCAUGCUGAAUGACAGUGUCCUUUGGAUCCCCGCUUUCAUGGUCAAAGGAGGAGAGAAGCACGUGGAAUGGGUUAAUGCGUUAAUCCUUAAGAAUAAACUGAAAGUGCGCACUGCCUAUCCAUCACUGAGACUUAUCCAUGCUGUCAGAGGUUACUGGCUGACAAACAAAGUUCCCAUCAAAAGACCCAGUACGGGUCUCCUCAUGUACACACUUGCUACAAGAUUCUGUGAUGAAAUUCACCUGUAUGGAUUCUGGCCAUUCCCUAAGGAUUUGAAUGGAAAAGCUGUUAAAUAUCAUUACUAUGAUGACUUAAAAUACAGGUACUUUUCUAAUGCAGGUCCUCACAGAAUGCCAUUAGAAUUUAAAACAUUAAAUGUGCUACAUAACAGAGGAGCUCUAAAACUGACAACAGGAAAGUGUAUAAAGCAAUAAAGCACAUUUUAAAACAUGAAAACAGAUUCAAUAUGCACUUCGUUUCUGAGGAUGCUUCUGAAGAUUUGAUAAUAGGAUCCAAAUCAAAGCUGGACUUAAGCAUUGGCAAAUUAACUGAGAGGUUGAUAAAAGUUCAUGUGAAAUCCACUACCAGCUGAUGAAAUACCUGCAAAGUGCUCUAAAAAAGUAAAUAUUGUGACUUCAAGGGUCCUAGUAAGUGCCACUUCCACUAAGAAUACAGUUUGAAUGUAUAAUCAGUAGUGUUUACAAGAUCCAACAAUGCACUUCUCAUUAAUUAAAGAAGCAAAUAUGUUCAUCCUUGUCGGGCUGCCCCUGAAAUGCCAAGCACAUUGGAAGAGGAACCCAGAAACACAACUCAGCCACUGGAAAAUCAAACCAUCCUUGCCAGCAGAAAACAAGAUAGAAACAUUUUAAGUAAUGAAAUCCAGAAGAAUAAACAACUCAAGCAGAUGCCUUUGGUUAGGACUCUGGUCUGAUCAUGAAUUAUGCUUGUGCUUAUUUUUGUCUUCUAGAAUCUCUUUUGAUUGGAAUAGUGAGUGAUGAGAAAUCAUUUUUGAGAUACACAAAUAAGAAAUACAUAUGAAAUAAGGGAAAUGUCAAGUGAUAAUCUCUAUGGUUUUAUUAUAUUUUCUAAAAAUAUCAAUCAAUCGCACAAAGAUUUUUUGAAGUUUUACUUUGCAUAACUUUAAAAUUCCAGUUUAUUUUUUAGCAUUGCAAAAGGUACCAGCUAAUUUGUACCCUUCAGUAAUAAUGAACCUUUCUAAAACUAAGAAGUUUCAUGUCACCUGAGAUGGUAAAAGAAGCAGACAAAAAUUGCACUUAUGGUACCAAAGAUUAUAUUCAUGUUUCUACACAACAAACCGUUCUCCUUUCAUGAAAAUAAUGCUAUUUACAUGAAUGUGUUAUCAUCCAACUAAUGUAAAAGUUGUCUCUAAGUAUUAUAAAAUGUUCAAAAUUUUAUUUUAUUUAAAGGAGAACUUCUAUACUUUUUAGAUUUCAUAAUUUUAUGGGAGCAUUUUCCCUUAGAAUAAAUGUUUGAUUGAUAUAGCUGAUUUGUAGUUCUUAAGUAUUCUUCCUGUUAUUCAAACAUUGUUUAUAUCAUUAUUAAAUGUCUUAGUGCAGAAAUAACAUGAUUAAUACAGUGUUGUUUUCAUAGCAGAGGUGAUUAAUUUUAAGUCAUUUGACAAUGAAACUGUGUGUCAAUAAAUUGCACCUAAAAUAUACCCAAUUUCCCAAUAGUAUUCUAUAGUUAAAUUAAGUCACAUCGUGUUUUUAAAGGAAAGUGAAUCAGUUCAUAAAGUGAUUUAAAACAGUUUGAUAUAUACCAGUAUUAAACAGUUUUCUGGCAACACACUGAGAGGUAAUUCUGAUGUAAUUUAUUUCUUUAGAAAGCAGAAGCACUGUGUUCUCACUUCUUCUUCACCAGAGACAACUUAAUGUGCUUCUUGUUUCUUGGUGAAGGCAAUCUGAGAAAAGAAGAAAUAGCAGGAGAAAUACACAUGCUUUAUUUCUUAGAGACGGCAUUCUAAAAAAUGAAUACAAAGCAUAUGUAUGAAUAUAAAUGCAUAUUUAUAUUCAUGCUAUCAUGGGAAAGGACAUCCACCAUAGAACAGUUUUCAAUAUUUUUAAUAAUAUGUGAUAUUAUUUUUUAAAAAUAUUGUAUGGUAGAACACAGGGAUGCAGAAGACAGUAUUUGUGCACAUUCCCGUUUCUCUAAGAAAGCGAAGUGAAAAAAAUUCACGUGGAAGAUCCACAGCUGAAAAUGAACAGGACUUUACUGUAUUUUUAUCGUGAAACUCUUAUCUGUUAGAACUUUUAAAAGAAAUAGUUACAUGAUUUGAAUGUAAAGUUGAAUAGUCUGAUUUACUUGACAAAUAAAAUACAGGUGGUUCAUGGAAUCUUUGGACUAUGUGCAGAUAGUAUGUUGUUAUAAUCACCUUUAACUUGAAUUCAACAAAAAUCAGAAAAUCACAAGCCAAUUCUUACAUAUAAAAUCCAACUUAACACUCACUCAAAGUAUGUCUUUUACAAACAGCAGUAAUGUACAAAUACCUUGCCAUUUUUACUGUGUUUUCAACAAAUGCAUUCAAAACAUCUUAAGGCCACAGCAAAUCCAUCUCAGCCCUUCAGUGUUCUGUACCCUCCAGUUUAUCUUCUAGAUGCAUUGGGUAGUGCCUUUUUAGCUUCUUCUUGUUGUUCUGUUAUGCUACGCUGUGCGUUCUCUAGAUACUCGCCCAGUUCAGAAAGUAUUCAGCAUAAAAUAAAAGGGCUUCAGUAUUGACUGAGACUACUUUUGUUCAUCUCAGGGAACUUUCCAUACUCGAAUGAAUUCAAUUAAAGUUAUUUAGUGUUCAAAGAAGACAAAGUCUACGGGACCAUUUCAUUCCCUGGUGUAAACUGUGCCAUCUGCUCUCCCGCAGCAUCACCUGUGGCCUCCUUACAAAGACAGACGUACUUCAAGGAGAUCACUGAAAAUGACCAUCAAGAAUGAUAAACAGAAUUGAGUUUUCACCAACAAUGGGCAUAAAGGAUCAUAACAAGAUCCAAUCAUAAGCACAUACUUGAAGUGUUUUUUUUUUCUUUUGCAGAUAUCAUAUAUUUACAGCUUUCAUUUUUUUUAAAUUUAUUUUUCAUGAUUAAUCCUGUACCUGGCAAUGCUCAGGCUGCUAAUUAUGAAACAUUCCUGUCAUUUACUUAAUGUAGUUGUUACUGUGCUGUUGAGGUGAACAGGCCAUGGAAACAUUUUCAUCAUUGUUCUCCAGCCUGUUCAGUAAUUAAGUUGCUGAAUUAGAAAACAAAAUUCAGUAAGAGGUUUUUCAGGGCAAAUAUGAUGAUUCAGCCCACAAGAUUAAAGAAACUACUGUGGAAGGUUUUUGUUUUGUUUUGUUUUUUGUUUUUCUGUCUGAAAGAAGGUGCUAGGGAUUCCAACAUCUCUGUGCGUUGUAAAUCAUAUGAACUGUGCACCAACUGUUAGUGAGAAUUUCUACAUAUCUGCUUAUGGAUGUGAUCUAUCUAAAUAGUGCUAUCAAUAGUGUACAUACCAAUUAGUUUCCAAGCUACUACACAGGAAAAAAAGUAAAGAAAGUAAUUUAUUUUCAAUUGAGCCAGUUAGUCAUAAUGCACAUAAUGUGGUGUUUGCUUCAUGAAAGGGUUGUCAUCGUGUGGUUUUUGUAAGGACUGUCUAUAAUUGUGGAAGGAACAUAAGAAGAGUUGUGUAUAGUUAGUUGUUAUCUCUACCAGUUUGGAAGUUUCCCCAUAAUAUAUUUUCAGUAUACCAACGUUUUAAAAUCUGAGUGAGGGUUAUUGUUUGUAUUUGAUAACAGAAAAUCCAAAUAAAGCCCACCUAGAAAUAGAUAUUUUAUUCUAUAUGUGCUAUAGAUAUACCUAUAUAGUACAAAUAGACAUGCCAUGCAUAUAUACAAUGUUAUAUAUGUGUAUCUGUGUGUAUACACACUGAGUCUGUAAUGUUACACACUAGAUUUGUGUUAUGCUGAUAUUUUCAGGGUCUGCACUCUGAACUGCCCUGGAGAUAAGACCACCUUAGAAUAAGGAAGUUCUUUUGAGACUUCUGUUAGAAAUCUGCUUUACGAGAGAUCUACUUUCUAUCUGAAUUUUGUGCUGUUCAUACCUGUAGCUACAAUGAGAAACAGUGUGUCCAAACCUUAAAGGAAAAAAAAACAUGAAAAAAAAAAAAGAAAAAAAUAUUUUCAAGUUGGCAAUGUAUUUGAAUUGCAGUUUGCAGAUUGGGGCUCCAGCCUUUGUGUUCCUCAUUUAAGUAGCACCUUUUAAUAAAUACAGUUUCUGUGUGUAGGCAUAAGCACAAGUGUUUCCAAUGUAUAUAGUGGGAAGAAAAAGAGUUUACAGAGAUAGCACUGCUGCACAGGAUAAUUGCUACUGAAUAUUUCUUAUACCAUUUGUGAAAUUAAAAAAUGAGGUUUAUUCUGUCUGGUUCAUUCUGUUCAAAUCUGUUUCCCUAUUGUCUUGUACAGCAAUUGGGUAUUCUUGUUUUAUCAUUUGUAAAACUGUAAAAUAAAUUGAAUCCUUUUUUUAAA